CCGUUGUGCUCCAGUUAUCGCGCCGCCGCCGACGACAUCCUUGCAGUCGCAGUCCUCCGCUGUUGUCGUUUCGCGCACAAGCACACCGUGUCCGGCCGUUUCCCGGUUAUUUGCCGAACGGGCAGCGGCGUACAAUACAAUAGAACGCACUGUUGUUAACAGUUCGUUCGUCGUUCGGCCAGCUCCAUAAUAUUGCAUUAAAAUAUUAUAGGUAAAUAAUAUUUGACAUAAUAUUUUCGGUUCGCCGUAAUAUUUUACGACGGUAAUAGCAAUUAGCCGCGCAGUCGUUGUCGAAACGUUCGGAAAACCGGCGCCGAUACGUUUGUCCCGCGUGUAGACACAAUAAUGUAACGUCGCGAUAACGCGUGCUCGUAAAUGGGGGGAAAAAAAAAACAAAUCGGAACGAAUUCAGUUAACACGGGAAACGCGCGUACAAUACACGCGUCUCGUAGAUAGAUUCGACUCGAGAGGGCGGACGACACGAAAAGAGAGCCGCGUGAUUUACGACUGUCCUGUUGUGUCCGCAAAGGAUUGCCGUGAUGUAGGGGCGACGGCUGUCGUCGGCUACAGUCCGGGUCGACCGCGGCCUCCCCCGUCCCGCCGACGGACGCGUUUUACACGUACCGUAGGUACGGAUACGCUCCGCGCGGACGUGAACGAGAGAUUUCGUCGUUAGGAAAUGUCGUUUUAAACACGGUCUGUCGCAACGAUAACUGAGAAUAAUAAUAAUAAUAAUAAUAUUAAUAAAACAUUUUUAAUAAUUACAACAACAAUAAUAUUAUCGACGGGUUACAGGACGCGCGGGCAACGUCGGAUGAAUCUGGUGUCCAGGUAUUACGGCGCGGCGGUCGUGUCGUCGCCGUCGGUCGGCAAGUCGGACGAAGAACGGACCGUGGACGUCGGACGGCCGGACACUCCGCCGCCGCCGCAGCAGCGACCGACGAUGGCCGGUCGCCGAGCCGCGGCCGCCGGCGGCCGUCCGGCGACUGCGGUGGCCUGCAACGUCGCCGCGGCCAACGCGGCCGCGCUCACCGCCUGGCUGAACCCGGAAGCGUUUUGGCGCGACACCGAUCAGUGGCGCAACGUGCUGGUCAACUACUAUCACAUGAACAGGGCGGCCGCGCGGUCGUCCCGCGGGCGCGGUUCCGCCGCCGCCGCCGUCGUGCCCUAUCAUCCGUCCGCGGCGACGGCCGUCGCCGCGGGCCGGAAACCGUCGGCCGCCCGGCCGUCCGCGCAGACGCAGCCAUCCGGGUCGUCCCGUCCGAAGAAACGGUACAUAUGCACGUACUGUCAGCGCGAGUUCAGCAAGUCGUACAACCUGCUCAUACACGAGCGCACGCACACCGACGAACGGCCGUACCCGUGCGACGUUUGCGGCAAGGCGUUCCGGCGGCAGGACCACCUGAGGGAUCACAGGUACCGAUAUCACGCGCCGCCGCGGUGACACGGCCGGGUCGUUAUUUAUCGCCGUUUUAACGUCGUCCGUUUUUUUUUUUCUCCCCCUCCCCCGCCGCAGGUACAUACACGUCAAGGAAAAGCCGUUCAGGUGUCCGGUGUGCGGCAAGGGCUUCUGUCAGUCCAGGACGCUGUCCAGUCACCGGAGCAACCGGAAUUCCAUAUGCUUGGACACGGCCGUUUUGCAACAGCAACAACAACACCACGCGGCGCACCCGCAUCAACGGGGCGACGCCGCCGGCAACGUCCGCAGGCCCAAAACGAUCACGGACUUCUCCAUCAAUUCCAUACUGAACCUGCAGUGACGGAACGGCCGCGGUCCGCGUCGAUUUUUCUAUUCUUUUUUUUUCUUUUUUUUUUUUUCUAAUCAUUUAUUAUACCCUCGAAUUUUUUUUGAUCUCAUGUGCGC